AUGUCUUCUUCUGUUUCGUCCAUAUACACUCACUAUGGCCAAGAUCCAAACAACCAUCCAGACCAAAAAGAAAUAAGUUCCAUCGUCGACAAAAUGCACAAGCUCUCUUUGGGCCGUGUGGCACUAGGCAGUGAUGGCGUUUUACGCUCCCUCAGUUCUGAAAAUGAAGUUAUCGAUGCUGUUGGACUACCGCCCCGACUGAUCAAAGCGUUUAUGGAUCGUUUUCCAUACUACGAGGAAAUUGAAGCCCGAUUCCAUAACUCCGAUGGAACCUUGGUACCUCAAGAGCAGUGGUGGGCACCAGAUCCAUCGAUAUUACCACAGCCGUUCACAGAUGAAGAGAAUGAUGAAGCUAGGAGACACUAUGAGAAGAACAAGGAUAUCAUUGAGGAGAUGCAGCAGAAGAGGAAGAAUGGGGAGAUCCAAGGAUGUGGAUCUGAUCCUGAAUUUUAA